CCUUCUGUUUAGGUCUAAACCUGCACUAGUUUAUUUACCAGAAAUGUUUACUGUCCUGAUGAUUGGUGAGCUGAGUGAGUUCCUGCCCACAGGUGAAGGAGACCUGGGUGGUGCCCUGUGAUAUAAGUGACCCCUUAUACACAUCCAGCAGCAGAGAACAUUCGAUCUCGGGCUCACACACAUCCAGCAGCAGAGGACAUCAGAUCUCGGGCUCACACACAUCCAGCAGCAGAGGACAUCAGAUCUCGGGCUCACACACAUCCAGCAGCAGAGAACAUCAGAUCUCCGGCUCACACACAUCCAGCAGCAGCUUGUGACACCAUGAAGCUCAUCGUCUUCCCCAGCAUGAAGCUCCUGAUCAUUGCACUGUGUGUGGUCAUGACCAUCCUAACUUCUCAGUCAGCAGACAUAACUACCAACUCCACACCUACCAACUCCACACCUACCAACCCCACACCUGCCAACCCCACACCUACCAACUCCACACCUACCAACUCCACACCUACCAUCUCCACAUCUACCAUCUCCACAUCUACCAUCUCCACACCUACCAACUCCACACCUACCAUCUCCACACCUACCAACUCCACACCUACCAACUCCACACCUACCAUCUCCACAUCUACCAUCUCCACAUCUACCAACUCCACACCUACCUCAGCGCCACAACCGACCAGAGCCAAAGGCGACCAAACCCACGACCGCCCAACGCACACGACUCAGCGCCACACCGACCAACCCACACCGGACCAGCGCCACACCUAA